AUGACUGAACCACAGCAACCAUCCUCCCCAGAGCUCUCUCGAAGCCCUGACGAAAUAUCUCCCGAACUCUCUGCAACUUCCCCUUCACAGUCAUCUCCUCCACAACCCCGUCCCCGGCCUCCAUCGCUGAGCACGCAAGGCAGCAUGACCUCUACCAUCAACCCCUCCUCUGCCCCUCUUGGUCCUACGAAUGCUGCGAGAAGACCUGGCCCACUGCCUUCUCGUGCCAGCGGUUUAAAUUCGGAUAUCCAAGCAAAAAUGAAGGCCUUUUCUCUCUCGAGGCAAGGCGCUCCCAGCGCACAAGGUGCGCGAUCCGGGUUUCCCGGGCCACAAAAUCCACCCUCUGGAGCAUUUACUCCCAGCCCAAUCGCAGCACCAUCUCCAGCUUCACCCGUGCCCCCCGCUUCCAAUCUUCGCCUGCCACCUGGCAUAAACCGACCGAAUACUGCUAGUUUUGCUUCACCAAAGGCAGGUAGCCCCCAGACAAUGAGCCCACGGGGCCCUAUGGCUGGGCUAGCGGCAAAGCGUGGCCUCAAACCAGGUGGUAUGAAGCUUUCUGACGCCCAGAAGCCAUUGCCCGCUGGUGAAGAGGCUGCAAGACAGGAUACCGGAUCCCAGUUCAGCAAGUUCUCCAGCAUCAUAGAUACUCAGAAGGGGUCAUUGAAUUUCGCAAACAAGGCUGUCAUUCACGGAAGUGGUAUUGACUUCGAGGGUGGCAGCACAUUCUCGAUAUCCUUGGACGAGGUUGAUACCAUGGCCGAACUCGGCAAAGGAAAUUAUGGCACCGUCUUCCAAGUGAAACACGCCCGACCCAAAAUGAGAAGACCUGGGUUGGGACUUCGAGGGAAUAUGGUACGCCAGUCCUCGGCGUCAAUUCCCAAGGACGAUGAGGAGGGUGAAGCGCAACCACUGGCCUCAGGGACUAGCGGUCUUGUGAUGGCUAUGAAGGAAAUCCGACUGGAAUUGGAUGACUCAAAAUUUGCUCAAAUUAUCAUGGAGUUGGACAUUUUACAUCGCUGUGUCUCACCAUUUAUCAUUGAUUUCUAUGGUGCUUUUUUCCAAGAAGGUUCGGUCUACAUCUGCAUUGAAUACAUGGACGGCGGGUCUAUCGACAAGCUCUACGGUGAUGGGGUCUCGGAAGGCGUUCUCAGAAAGAUCACUCUGUCUACAGUGAUGGGUCUGAAAUCUUUGAAGGACGACCACAACAUCAUUCACCGAGACGUCAAACCAACAAAUAUAUUGGUCAAUUCGCGAGGCCAAGUCAAGAUCUGCGAUUUCGGGGUCAGUGGGAACUUGGUGGCAUCAAUAGCAAAGACCAACAUUGGAUGUCAGAGCUAUAUGGCACCCGAGCGCAUCUCUGGUGGUGGAAUGGCCCAAGCGGGCUCGGCCGGUGGUUCUUACAGUGUCCAAUCUGACAUUUGGUCUCUGGGCCUCACCAUCAUCGAAUGCGCUCUCGGCAGAUACCCUUACCCUCCCGAGACCUAUGACAACAUCUUCAGCCAACUCAGUGCCAUUGUUGAUGGAGAUCCCCCUGAUCUGCCCGCCGACAAGUUCUCCGAGGCAGCGAUCGAUUUCGUGCGAGGCUGCCUGAACAAGAUUCCUCGCCUUCGACCAACGUACGCAAUGCUUCUUCGGCACGGUUGGUUAGCGCCGCUCAUGAAACCACCGACAAUCUCUGAAGACGACGAAGCGCAACAGGCUGAUGAGGCGGGCAUUGAGUCCGUCUUCACGAAUGGAGCAGCUCCAGACACGGCCGACAAGGAGGUUGCAGAGUGGGUUAACAAUGCACUCGAGAGGAAGAAGGCCGGCAAAAUGGCGGUCAGCAAGAAGCCAGCCUUACACGAAGCGCCACUAGAUGCGGUUCCCGGCAGCCCACUCCUUACGACGGCCGGUAUGCAUCCAGCAGUGGAAGAUCCGGUAGUUUCCGAGCUGAAGGCCAACCCUGGCAUACGGGUAGAGUCUCCUGAUUUGAUGGCGGCCAAGGUGCACAGCUUAGAUUUUGCAGCAGCAAGAUAA